CAGCAAACUGCAAAAAAUUUUCACUUUCGCAAAUUUCGAAAAGGCGAAAACGGAGCGCUUUGAUAACAGUAGUUUUUUGUUUUGGUAGAUGCGGUUAAGAAAUGUUCAAAAUAGAAUAGAUUUUGUUUUCUCAUGGUUUCCCGUGCGUGUUAGCAACUUACCAUAUCAGUUGAUACAAAAUAUAACAUACUGUAUACCAUAUUGCUACUAUCGGUCACUUGAAUGAGCAGGAUACGUUGUUUGAAUGUUGUCACCAAGUUGCAAGAUCUAUGAUUUAAAGUUAAAGCCGUUUUCAGCUCUGUUGUACGGUUUAACCCUGUAGCUUUGUUAACUCUUGUGGAAUGACGGCUGUUCUUGAUGUUUCGUGGAUACCGGACAAUAAUGAUGCUUUACUAUCGGAUCAUAACCGAGAUAAUUCAGCACUGCUUUAUCCGCUGAGCAUGGACACCAGUCAGUCUUCGUCGCUGCUGGAUGCGGAUGACGUGAAAAUCCCCGCAUCCACUGAAAAUCCGGCCGACGCAGCGGCGCAGCACACUUCUAACCAGCAGUUGCUGAACUCGGUGAAGAAGCUCUGCGACUCCCUUCCCCGUGCCCAUGCGGCGGGAGAGUCAGCGGGGAAAUCUAAGAAGAAGAAAAGCGCUUCCACCAAGGAAUCCGCUGCACUGAAAACUUUCGUCCGUCGAAAUUUCCAAAUCACGACACAGCCCGCGAAAAAGUGGACUCUGGUGGAGACCGAUCAGGAGACGCUCUUCGGGACCACUUUCAAGAAGAAAGUGUGGAUCUGUGAUGAGUGGUCGGAGGAGAAGAAGCAGGAGCGGCUGCGGGGAUUCGUCUGGACAGAGGAUGUCUUCCGCCAGGCGGCGGCAGCUCCGCGCUACGUCUACGACGAGGAGCAUAGUAUGCCGCGGAAGCGCAUCGCCGAGCACGACGACAAUGCCGCCAAGAAGAAAAAAAAGAAGAAAAAGUCCACGCCCGAUCCACCGGAGAUGAUGGCGGCCAUGACGGAUCUGCAGCGCUACGGACAGAUCCUGGACGACGGCUCCGCGGUGUGCGUGUAUCCCGGGUGCAACAAGAAAUUCGCCAACAUUUCUUCCUUCCGGAAGCAUCGCAAAUCGCAUGCGCCCAAGUGCCAUACCUGUGAAGUGUGUGGGCGGAGUUUCACUGAGAACAGCAAACUGCGCCGGCAUUACGUCGUGCACACGGGAGAAAAACCCUAUCAGUGCUCGUUUGAAGGGUGUGGGAAACGGUUUUCUCUGGAUCAUAAUCUCCGAACGCACAUGCGCAUUCACAAUGGAAUCCGUCCCUUCGUGUGCCCUUACGACGGCUGCACAAAGGCAUUCACCCAGUCGACUAAUCUGAAGACUCAUCUAAUAACCCAUGGAAAGCAAGGGCAGUUCGAUCGUCCGGGCUUCUCGGAAAUCAUGGAUUUAUCCGGCAGCGCCGCCCUGCAUCUGGCAUCCGAUGCCAGCCUGGAUCCAUCGGAGUCCAGUCUGCACUUGGCCGGAGAAGCAAUGGCGGAGCCGGUGCUGAUCGAAGCGGAAUACUCUUCAUCGGAAUCCGAUGAUGAGGGCGGCGAAGUGAUAUUGAAUGAAGAGCUCGAUGAGGAAUAAAAAAAUGCCUUUAAUUUUGUGCAGCGCAAUAUGUCGCUUUUUUUGUUGUUCAUCUUUUUGUGCGUGUUUGUUGGCUUUUAUCUGGUCAGUGUAAACUAGCUCACAGAUCCAAUUACAUAUACUUCUAUAGUUUUGAUAUACAUGCAUUAUUUUCGGCAGGUAAAUUACCUACCGGUACAUUUUCGGUGUAAUGGGUUGCUGCAUGUUAAGAUUUUUGUUGUAUGCGUACGUAGCCACAAAUUAUUUAUUGUAGUUUACCUAUUAUUGUAUGGUUUUUGAGGUCA